CGCGCGCCCUGAUGACGGUGGCGUGGCGCAGCGCAGGCGACAUGGCGACGGAGGUGGCCAGCAUGGGCGGCAUGGGCGGCGGGGGAGAGCACCCUGGCGAGCUGGUGAAGACGGGCGCGCCGAACAUCCUGUGCACGGCGCUGCCCACCCACUGGCGCUCCAACAAGUCCCUGCCCAUGUCCUUCAAGGUGGUUGCGCUCGACGACGUCAAGGACGGCACCAUCGUCACCGUGCGCGCCGGCAACGACGAGAACUUCUGCGGCGAACUGCGCAACAACUCGGCCGUCAUGAAGAACCAGGUCGCCAAGUUCAACGACCUGCGCUUCGUCGGCAGGUCGGGCAGAGGCAAGAGCUUCAACCUGUCCAUCAUCAUCAGCACGGCGCCCAUGCAAAUGACAACUCUCACAAAAGCCAUCAAAGUGACAGUGGACGGACCCAGGGAGCCGAGGAACAAGUCACGUGAGUGGAUCGUUGGUCACCCUGGCUGGGGCUUCCCCUUAGGCUAUCACCCUUGGCUAGACUCUCACCUCUCAGCCUUGGGGUAUAACCUGGGCCUCACAGCGUUCAACCCUUUGGCUCACACAAAAGCCCUCGAGCUGGCAAGAGUGGGCGGCAACGGCUGGUUGGACGCCUGGCGCGGAGCCUCGGGGUUGGUGGGAGGCCUCGGCAUGGGGGUGGGCGGGUCUCCGCUCUCAGGCGCCGCCCUCUCCGGUCUCUCCGCCCACUCGCUCCCUUCCCUGCCCGCCCACAACCCCGCCCACAGUCACGCCCUCUCCACCAUAACCAACACGGAAAUUCCGAGACCAAUACUAACAGGAGAGACGCGGUGCCUGCGGUGCCGCGGGUGCGAGUCGGGCGGCCCCUGCAGCGCCCUCCUGCACCCCGCCUCGCAGCCGCCGUCAGCCUCGCCCUCGUCCUCGUCCCCCUCCACCCUGUCCCCCGGCCGCCGCCCCUGGCCCCGUUGGGCGGCCUCAGCGCCUUCUCGAUCCCGCGGUCGCUGGGCGCGGGCGCCAAGGCCUCCAGCUUCCCGUCGCGCGAGUCGUCGUUCCAGCCCGUGAAGCCGUCGAGCGAGCGCAGCCCCGAGACCAAGGUGUGGAGGCCCUACUGAGGUCUGGCCACGCUGCUCGAGGAACUGCGGGCCAGGGCGGCGCUGCGGAGGCCCCGCCCCGCCCCCCCGCCGCCGGCUGCGGGGCCCCUCGGCUCCUCGACGGGGCGGGGGGAGGGAACGGCGCCCCCGGGAGACGCCGCGAGGACGCCCGGGGCGAGCGACGCCAAGAGGACCUCGUGAGGAAGGCGCCGCGUCCUCGGCGUCGCGGGGAAGGACUCGCCGCAGCCACGGACGAGAUCGCUCCAAACAAGGGAAGAGAAAGGAAAAUAAACUCCGAAGCCAAAAAGAAAACAAUAUAAAUGAAAACGCUGAUUAAAGACAAGAAAUAAGAGUGAGUGAAAGAUGGAAAGAGAAAAGAUAAACAAUGUUCUCCGAGGGUUACGAAGGCAGGACCGAAAGCGAGGACACAACUGCCCUCUGUGUCUGUAUGUGUGUGCGUAACCAUGUAUACCGAAAUGAUAACAAAAAGAUAAACUGAUAAAUCUCGCAAAGAAAAGGAAAAGAAACGUGUAUAAAAGGGGG